AAACUGAUAUCAGGUGGAGGACCGGAGUCUGCAUGACAGAUACUGAAGUUUACCCCCAGCGAGAGCGCUGACUGGACUUCUGUUGUGUUCAUCACUCACACACUUGUUGGAUAUGGGAUUUCUUCUGAGCAAGAUGAUGGCUGUGUUCGGUGACAAAGAGCACAAAGUCAUCAUUGUGGGCUUGGACAAUGCUGGAAAGACAACCAUCCUCUAUCAGUUUGUGACGAAGGAAGCCGUCCUAACGUCUCCAACCAUCGGCAGCAACGUCGAGGAGAUCACUGUGCACAAAACUCGCUUCUUGGUUUGGGACAUCGGGGGACAGGAGAGCCUUCGAGCCAGCUGGUUCUCAUACUACUGCAACACAGAGAUCGUCAUUGUGGUCGUGGACAGUACCGACCGCGAACGCCUCACUCUGACCAAAGAAGAACUGCACCGGAUGCUCUCACACGAGGACCUGCAGAACGCAUCCAUUCUGAUUAUGGCCAACAAGCAAGACGUGAAGGGCUCGAUGACGGCGGCAGAGAUCUCCCAGUGCCUCACGCUCGAUUCCAUCACAACGCACUCGUGGCAUGUUCAAGCCUGCUGCGCCCUGACAGGGGAAGGCCUGCCUGCCAGUCUGGACUGGAUGAAGUCACAGGUUGUUGCAAACUAGAACACAACCCCCUUUGGAUCAGACUCCCUCAAACUGAGCCAACCUCGAGCCAACCUGCAAAGGCGACAGUGUCUGGAUAAUCUACAGUGUUUUGGGCUUGUGCUAGAGCCUGUCUCGCCACACCUGACAGUGUGUCAGAGUCUGCCCGCCCCCCACUGCGGUGGAGCCUCAGGGUGGAUGAGUGUCAGAGAAACCUAGAUGAUCUUAGAUUUGGCUAACUCACACAUUAAGUAUUAGUAAAUGUCAGAGUCCAGGUACUGAUGUCCGUAGAGCACAGUUUAUGAGGCGCACCUUGCACUUGAGCCGGCGUUCAUUCGUGUCCCUCCAGGUUAAUCAUCGGACUUUAUUGCACUGUAAACUGGUAACUGAAGUAACAUCCAUUCAUCGGUGAGUAGAACUGAAUGAGUUGAUGCUACAAGCUACACUUGAAUGAGAAGGCAUCUGGAGAACAUGAUCGCAAAUGAUAACGCUAAAGCAUAGAUUUUACAUUUCAUUUGUCUUUGAGUGUGACCGAUAUGAUCUUGUUUUGACCUUUGAUUGGUGAUCCUUGUCACAGAUUACUGAACUACUGAACUGCUUCUGCUGAAAUCAAACUUUCAUACCUCAUUAGUCACAAAACAGCUUUCCAGCCGCCUGAUGAAUUUAUUAGCUGCCUAGUAUUAAGCCUCUAUCAUGGAUGACUUUUACACGUACCGUAGCUCUUGUGGCCUCUCUCAGAAAUGCUGUAAUGAUUCAAAUCUGCACCAGAUGUUAAAAAGUAUGUUUUAUGCCAAUGAAGAACAGGACACUUUUGUAAGACUUAAAGAUGUUUAGUAAUUUAUUGAGAAAAAAAAGCUCUUGAACUGUGCACUGUUUGUUACAGCAAUAGGAAAAGGAGCUAGCUGCUAAGGGCUAUGAGUCCUAUUUAAAAAGUAAAUAUUUUGAUGUGUACAUUUUUUUUUAAAUAAAUGUUAUUAUUACAAAUA